GUUCCUCAGACUCCUCCCACAGGCGCAGUUCUCCACACAGAGGCGAAUACCUGCUGGAAGCAGCCAAGUUUGUGCGCUAAAACACACAAAAACUAGCUUUAAACCAUCAACAGUGUGUUAGUUACACUCAUUCAGAAGAUACAUUGGAAGUAGUUAUGGAUUUUUACAUUUGAAGAAAAAUCUUCCAGCUGAAAGAGAAGAAUUCCAGAUAUUCCAGAGAUAUUUGAUCAGCAGCCCAGAAGAUGGACUGGAAGACCUUCCAAGCUCUCCUCAGUGGGGUCAACAAGUACUCCACUGCGUUUGGGCGGCUGUGGCUGUCGGUGGUGUUCGUCUUCAGGGUGAUGGUGUAUGUGGUGGCAGCCGAGCGGGUGUGGGGGGACGACCAGAAGGACUUUGACUGCAACACCAAGCAGCCGGGCUGUUCCAACGUCUGCUACGACCACUUCUUCCCCAUCUCCCACAUUCGCCUGUGGGCCCUGCAGCUCAUUUUCGUGACCUGCCCCUCCUUCAUGGUGGUCAUGCACGUGGCGUACCGGAAUGACCGUGAACGUAAGCACAAGGCCAAGUUUGGGGAGGACAGCAAGCUCUACAAUAACACGGGGAAGAAACAUGGCGGCCUGUGGUGGACGUACCUAAUCAGCCUCUUCGCCAAGACGGGCAUCGAGAUCGGCUUCCUCUACAUCCUCCACCGCGUCUACGACAGCUUCGACCUGCCCAGACUGGUCAAGUGCGAGGUGAUGCCUUGUCCCAACGUGGUGGACUGCUACGUAGGACACCCCACCGAAAAGAGGGUCUUCACAUACUUCAUGGUGGGGGCAUCGGCCCUCUGCGUCGUCCUCAACAUCUGCGAGAUCAUCUAUCUCAUCUCCAAGCGCAUCGCGAGAAUCGCGCACAAGAUCAAGCAGCACCGCCGCCAUGUUGCCGUCUACCACGAUCAGUACAACAACCACAUGAGGAGGAGCAAUCUGCAGAUUUCAAAGGAAGAGGAGAAGGAUGACAAAGACUUGCCUCCAUCCUUCAACAAUCUCUAUAAUUUACCACAGAGGCCACUUGGACCCUCGCUCGAAAAGAAGAUCCGAGCCUCUGCUCCGAAUUUGUCUUUGCAGUUGUAAUGAUCAUCACCCCAAAGAGCAGACGCCAAACGGUUUUUGGAUUUAAUCCCCUCACAAAUGAUUCAUGGGCCAAACUGCAGCAUAAGUCUGGAAGUUAAGCCAUCAGGACUGAAUCCUUCACUUCUGACUGAAAGAAUCAUUUCAACUCGGGUUUUUUCAAAUCAACUUCACAGAUCUGCUCUAAAAACACAUAUUUAUUUGUCUCCAUGAACGGUUUUUCUACUUGAACUCGUGGCGGUGCGCCUCUUGACUUCUGCCCCAACGAACAUUCCAGUUGAUCUUGUUUCAGUCUUUUUUGUGAUUGGAGAUUAUAAGGGAGGGGAAAAGGAAGGGAAAAAAACAGUCACUUAGGACACACCUGGCAGAGGUAUUCAGAAGUCUUUGGUCGUCUCCGUGGUGACGCAUCUCAAGCUCUCUUGAGGGCUUGGCUGGUUCCUCUCAAUGGGCCUUUAAAUGAUUCCUCCCAUCAAACUUUACGACGUCACCCGACUUGAUUGAGGAGGUGAAACAGUCGGGAAGCUCCAGAAAGUCAGUUUGCUGGAAAACUGCAAUACUUGAAGAUUGUUAAAUAAUUGCAAAAAAAAAAAAAAAAGUUUCUAUUGCAUUUCUUGUUUAUUACUCCUUUAAGUGUCAUCAGCAGGCAUGUUGCCAAAGUCUCAGGUCUGUGCAUCAGUUUUUGUGCUUGUACAGUUUCUUUUUAUCCAAAUCCAUCAAAAACAUCCUUUAAAUGUGGCGUCUGAGUGCAACACAGACGGGUGUUUUAAUAAACUGUGGUAUGCAAUUUUCACACAGGUGGGAUACAUGUUUUUGUGCAAUUAUUUGUAUUUUGUAUAAAAUUGUAUAAAUGGAAAUACAUUAAAAGGAAUGUGUG